UUUAGAGUUUACACACUUACUCCUGUGUUCAUUCAGGUACCACACAAAAUGGGCCUUCACAAUAAAAGAGACAGACAUCAGUGCUGGCCGGUCCCAUCUCACCAGGUGACUGAAAAUCAACAACAGGAGGAGAGUGACCUCAUCAAACCCAGAAAGCUGCCAAAUCCCGUCCUGGCCUCCCACCAACACAGAGCUCUUCAUCAAGAGCUGCUAUUCUGUUACAGACGAGGUGUACUGCCAAGAAGAAAGCCUGAGCUGUUGUGUGUACUGGAACACAUACAAAGGCAGAAGAACAAGCAGAAGGAGCUGGCUCUCCACCCUCCCUCUGACUUGGAGGUGAAGCUACGUAUAAGGUGGCAAAGGAUCCAAGUUUAUGAGCUGGAGGAGAAGAAGAGGAGUGAAAGUCUGAAGAAUGUGCCAGAAUUUGUUCGUGUGCGACAAACCCUGAAGCACAUCCCAAAUCCUUCCUAGUGAUGAUCAGGGAAAAUCUGCACAUACUGUUAAUCUGUAUUCCAGACAAAUUCUUAUUCUUUGUUACUAUCAGCUGAAAGGAACAAGGCCCUUGACUGAUACCUGCAUGUAUUUCAGAGUAGAACAGUAUAGUCAAAAUUUAUUUUGAGAAUGAUGUUCAAGUGUACUGACUCAUAUAAACUGUCGUAGUUAUGAGCUGCAAAAGGCUCCUGCAAAUUUCAUGAAGAAUUCCCAUUUUGCAAAGUAUUUCAUUACAGGGAAAAAACAAUAAGUUUUAGGAGCCUGCGUGCAGAAGCAAUUACAAAAUCUGCUCCCAUGUCCAGAUUUCAACCACAGCAAUAGAACCACUGGCAAAU